AUGUUUUUGCGAGCCUACCUUUCCGGAUUCGCUGCGUCUGUUGUAGUUGCCGGGUCCAUAUUGGGUGUAAGUCCUGAUAAGCAAGAGCUAUACAAACCUAAUGCCGAUGGUUUCUGGCAUUGCCUUCUGGACCCUUCGAUUGUCCUUCUGUUUGAUCAAAUCAAUGACGAUUUCUGCGAUUGUCCUGAUGGAUCUGAUGAACCGGGCACAAAUGCCUGUGAAUACACUUCGGAACAUCCACAAUUGUUUUAUUGCGCGAACCAAGGAUUUAAACCAAAUUACAUCGAAAAUUACAAGCUCAAUGAUGGAGUCUGUGACUAUGAAUUGUGCUGCGAUGGUUCAGACGAAUACCGCAGCGGACAAUGUCCAAAUGUUUGCGCUAAAGUGAAGGAACAAUACGACGAGCACAUAUCGAAAAGACGCGAGGAGUCCGAAAGAGGACUUCUGGUCAAAUUGGAGUUCGAGCAGAAAGCUGCCAAAUUGAAACGGAUUGCUGAAGAGCAGCUUGCACAACUCGGUAAAGAGAUUGAACUAUUACAUGAACAAAUUGAUGGUGGAAAAACAGCUUCGACCAGCGAAGUUAAAGAUGAAAAGUUCAUAGUAGUUGAUGAAGCAAAGCUCAAUCGGAAACUAGAGGCAUUUAAGGCUGAGAAUUCUCUUUUGACAAAAAAGCUCGCAUCCCUCGAAAGCGCAUUCCGCGAAAUGACAGAAAAAUACAAUCCCAAUUUCAAUGAUGCUGCUGUCAAAAAUGCAAUUCAUACGUACCAAGAUUACAUCUCCAAUAAGGCUGAGGAAAUUGAGGUGGACCUUGAGUAUAAAGAUAUCGUUGUUCAGACCAUAGAACGUUCAGAGAAUGCCUUGCAAGAUAAUGACCAGUCAAAGAUUCUCCCCACACUCCAAAAUAUGAUUCAUUAUUAUUACAACAAGCUUGUCGAGACGUUUCCGCACAACAACGAGAUUAGCACUCCUCCUUCAAAACUCUCAAAACAGCAAACGUUCAACGCCGAAGAAAACGAGGCGCUUAUUCAAGAAAUCAAAUCAAAACAGAUUGAAUUAGACGCAUCCGAAAGAAGAUUUAAGCAAGACUAUGGCGAGAAUGACAUUCUAAGGGCCAUUGAGGGUGGUGGAUACGAAAAAAAAAUUGGAGACUACAAUUAUCGGAUAGCAUUCAUGAAUGCUGUAUAUCAAGAUAAUACCUUAGUUGGAAGGUACACCGGCUUUGAUGGCAAAUCGAUGCACUUUACUGGUGGAGAUAGAUGCUGGAAUGGACCACAGCGUUCUGCAACUGUGGAGUUCGUCUGUGCCCCAGAACAUGACCUUUUGUCUGUGUUCGAGCCACAAAAAUGCCAAUACAAGUUUGUCCUUGCGUCACCUUUAGUGUGUGAGAAGUUUUCGGAAUCUGAACUAGCAGAAAACUUUUCAGUAGACAAGACGAAAUUUUAA